GGCGAGGCGGCGGCAGGCUGAGGCGCAGCGGGAGGCGGUAGCCCGGGGCUGAGUCACGGCUUUUCCUGUUUGCCUGCGAGCUGCUGAUCGCGCUGAUCCCCGCUUUCCCUUUCUCCUAGGGAUGACCUCCAAGGAUGCUCCAGGUGAAGCUGAUAGUAACCGGAGAUGACUUUGGCUAUUGUCCUCGAAGGAACCAAGGCAUCGUGGAGUGUUUCCUGGCUGGAGCCGUGUCUAACGUGUCCCUUCUAGUGAAUGGAAGCGCUGCGGCAGCCGCAGCCGAGCUGGCCAAGAGAUACAACAUUCCAAUAGGCCUGCAUGCCAACCUCUCUGAGGGCUCUCCUGUCUGUGAAGUGCUCAAGACAAACUCUUCUCUGCUUAACCAAGAUGGGUUCUUCCAUGGGAAAAUGGGAUUCAGAACAGCUUUAUCAAAAGGUCUCCUGAAAAUGUCAGAGGUGAAGCAGGAGCUAAAGGCACAGGUAGAGCUAUUCCAUCAGCUGACAGGCCACCUACCUCCUCACAUGGAUGGCCACCAGCAUGUUCAUGUCCUGCCAGAGGUCAGGCAUGUAUUUGCACAGGUGCUAGAAGAAUACGGGAUUAAGUAUACACGUGUCCCAGUAGAACCAGGCCUUCAUAAGUGUGACUGGAUUGCACCAUCUCUGAUGGACUUCUAUCGGGGAGUGGAAGAAGAUUCUCUUAACACAGUGGAUGUGUUUACAAGGCAUGGAAUAAGGUGGCCUAACAUUUACAUAGGUUUGAGUACCAUGGGGAAGAGCAUGUCUGUGAGUAGCAUCUGGAGUGCCAUUGACACUGCCAUUGGGGAUUUCACGUCCAAGGUGCCGCACCCAAAUCCGCAAAGCAGGACAGUAACAAUCGAGCUGAUGGUACAUCCAGGGUACCCGAGCGUCCCGCCCGUCGGCGGCUGUGGGGAAGGACCAGACGAUUUCUCACAGUCCUGGGAACGCCUGCACGAACUCCAGACCUUAACCAAGCCAGAGCUGCAGAGCCACUACAAAACCAGGAACAUCCAACUUUGUUCGUUCAAAGAUAUUUAAAUAAACAAACAUGACUUUGCAAGAAUGGCACCUGUUGACCCAUCUGCUGUUUCAGUCACUGCUGCAUAUAAGAGCUCACCAGCAACUGUUAAUGCACUGCCACUGCCUUUCAUGAAAAAUGCACGGGAUGGCCAUGUACCUGCCAGGAGUAAGUUUUCAAGCACAGAGACAGCCCUUGGCUUUCCAUUUUUAUUCCUGGCAUGAAGCAUUUAAACUUCAACAAACCUCAGUGAUUUGCUGUAUUAAGGUUACACUGCAGUUUCAGCCGUAGCCCGGUUCAGUUCACUCAUGUAUUUCUCAGAGAGAAAGAUCUUUUGGAUGAUUCAUACUUAUUAUCCUCUCAAAAAGGAUUUAUUUCAUGUCAUAUUUUUUAAUGUUAAAAAUUUCAGUAUGACCACCAUUCUUUUAAAUGAAUAACAAACUCAGGCCUUUUUUACUGUAAUGCUUUAGGAGGCUUUGGCUUUUAAGUUUUAACUGCUAGGAGAACAAAAUGAAGACCACGUUACAAAUAUCUACUUCUCCUGUGACAGCCUAUGGAGUGCUCAAAUGACAGAUUUUUCCAUCAUUAUUGAGAACAACUUAAUCUUUUCUCUAAAGCAGCUGAGAAACUUAUUGUUCUGUACAUACAUGGAAAACGUAACAUCGGGGUUGCUUUAUGUGAUAUUUUUCAUGUUCUUUCUAAAUUAUUGUCACAAAAUUAAUUCAACAUAGGAUAUACAUACAUACAUGUAUGUGUGUGUAUGCGUACACACACACACACACACACACACAGAGUAUUUUAAACAAUGUCCCCACCAUAUUGUAUAGAUGAAAUACAGAACAAUUGAGUCAGAUUAAAACAGUAGUUACCAUUUAGAAGGAUGGUUCCUGCAGCUUGGUAACAGUUUCUGCCACGUGAUAACUGAGAAUUAAGAAACCCCAAGAGAUUUUAGACCUGCGGUUGUUUAACAGAUAAAGGGACUGAAGUUCCAGAGAUCAGUUAGGUGUGCGAGUGCCACCUAGUGACUAGUAAUUAUUCAUGUCCAAUAACAUGCCUGAUGGCAAUGUGAAUUUCUAAUACUAGAGCUCAGAUUUUUACAUUAUGUGACCACAUUUUGUUGGAUAAUUUUUAACUCUCUCUCUUGAACUCUUUUAUAUUACUCCACCUUCUAUCUCAUCAAUUUGCUUUGUUCACAGUCAUCAGGACUUUAUAUACCUGUUCACUUCUAUUUGUACGCAUUUUCUACUUCAUUCACACUAGCUAAACACUGAAAUCACUAUGACGGCAGUCUUACCUGAGUUGAUUUUGUAUUGCAAACAGAAACAAAUAUUUUGUAAAUUCUGUAUUUUUAAUGAA